AAAAUCAAAGAAGAUUUUGUAAAUUUAAAACUAAAAGAUAUUCAGGUUUUGACUGAAAACCUUAAACACAAUGAGAAUGAAAUAACAUCAAAGAACAAGCUAAUUUUCGAGCUCAGCGAUAAAAUGAACUCCUUGACUAGAACUAUUAGUGAGUUAGAAAGUGAGUUGGUUGAUGCAGAAAAGGAAAUUAAGAGCAAAACUCAGCUUAUAAAACAAAAAGAUAGAAAUAGCCUAAAACAAGAUGCUAAACUGGUAGCUGCAGAAACAGGCAAUCAAUUGAAAGAAGAGGAAAUUCGAGAGAAAAUAGAACAAAUCGAGUAUAUAGGAAAAGAACUAAGAAUGAAGGAUAACCAACUGAAGCUUGGUUGGACAACCAUUCAAAGGCGCCAGGAUGGAUCGGUGGACUUCAAUCGCAGCUGGACGGACUAUAAGGAUGGUUUUGGAAAACUAACGGGAGAGUUUUUCAUCGGACUGGAGAAGCUGCAUCAGUUGACUACGGAAAAGCGCCACAGACUGUACAUCAGGCUUUACAAGGAAAGUGGAGAGCCCGCCUUCUUUUACUAUGAUAACUUCCAAAUUGGAAGCGAGCAGGAAUUCUAUGAGCUAAAAACACUGGGAUCAUAUCGUGGGCCACCCAAUGUCGAAGACUCCUUGAGAGACAGCGAAGGAAAGAAGUUUUCCACCUUUGAUCGGGACAAUGAUAAUUCUACUGGACAUUGCGCUAGUCUAUACUCCAGUGGCUGGUGGUUCAGUGAUUGCGGAGAGAGUAAUCUUAAUGGAAAAUACGAUUCUCAUAUUUAUUGGCGUUCGUUCAGGGACAGCAACUUUGCCGAAAUGAUGAUUAAACCGAGAUUCGGAUGAGCAUUUAUUGUAUUUUCAAAUUGAAAAAUUUCAAUAAAUAUUUUGAGCUUUUAAAAA